AUGGCUUCACACAUUGGCCCAUGGCGAAGUGACGCCCAGGGCCGUCUGUCGCCCGAUGAGAAUGGCGACCCCAAGACUGACUACACUCGCUGGCGAUUGGUCAAUGAGGAAGGCCGCCAGACUUGGCGGUAUCUCGAAACCGAUGCUGAACACCACGCCUGGCCGCAGUCAAUUGCUGAUAAAUAUCAUCUCGGAUUGCCGACUGGCCUUCCAGAGCUGCAACAUGUCAAGACUCCUCUUCAGGCUGCCGAAAAUGGCCUGUCCUUCUUCUCGCAUCUGCAGCUGGAGCCUGGCAACUGGGCUUGCGAGUAUGGUGGUCCUAUGUUCUUGCUGCCGGGUUUAUUGAUCACUUGGUACGUGACCAACACGCCCAUUCCUCCGGAGUAUACGACGGAGAUCAAGCGCUAUCUCUUUGCUCGCCAACACCCGGAGGAUGGCGGCUGGGGUCUGCACAUUGAAGCUCACAGCUCUGUAUUUGGUACUGCCAUGAACUACGUGGCAUUGCGUCUGGUCGGUGUCAGUGAAGAUGAGCCUCGCAUGGUCAAAGCACGUGGUCUUUUGCACAAGUUCGGAGGUGCUAUCUACGGGCCUCACUGGGCCAAGGCCUGGCUCAGUAUUCUGGGAGUCAUGGAUUGGGACUGUGUCAACCCAGUACCUCCUGAGAUUUGGCUUCUUCCUGACUGGGUUCCCUUUGCCCCGUGGCGCUGGUGGAUCCACAUCCGCCAGGUCUUUCUGCCUCUGUCCUACAUUUGGUCUAAGAAGUGGUCCUUCCCGCUCAAUGACUUCACCAAGCAGCUUCGUCAGGAGCUGUACACUCAGCCUUAUGACUCAAUCGAUUUUUCUCAACAUCGCAACUCCAUCCACUCCGCCGAUAACUACUACCCCAAAACAUGGAUUCUGAACGCCAUCAAUGAGGCUAUGGUUCGGGUCUGGAACCCCUUCCUCCGCAUUGGCCCCAUCGUCAAACGGGCUGAGGAUUGGACCUGGGAGUUGAUCCGCAUGGAGGAUGAGAACACCGACUACGCGGGACUGGGACCCGUGAACAACCCGCUGAACAUGGUUGCCUGCUACAUUCACGAUGGUCCCGACAGUUACUCCGUUCGCCGUCAUCGGGAGCGGUUGAAUGACUACAUGUGGAUGAAAGGCGAGGGAAUGUUAGCCAACGGAACCAACGGUGUUCAGGUCUGGGAUACAACCUUUGUCACGCAGGCGGUUGUGGUCGCCGGUCUGGCUGAUGACCCCAAGUGGCGGCCCAUGUUGACCAAGGCUCUGGAAUUCAUCGACGACCAUCAACUGCGGGAGAAUGUGCCUGACCAGGAGAAAUGCUACCGCCAGCACCGCAAGGGCGCUUGGCCUUUCAGCACGAAGACUCAGGGAUACACCGUCAGCGAUUGUACUGCUGAGGGCCUCCGCUCCACCAUCCAACUCCAGGAGAUGCACAACUUCCCCAAGCUGAUCUCUCUGGAGCGUUUGAAGGAUAGCGUGGACUGCCUGCUGCUGAUGCAGAACCCGACCGGUGGCUUCACCGAGUACGAAACCACUCGCGCGUCGGAGAAGGUUGAGUGGCUUAACGCCGCCGAAGUCUUCGGUGGAAUUAUGAUCGGCUAUGACUAUCCUGAAUGCACCACAGCAUCCGUGACUGCCUUAUCGCUCUUUAGCAAGUUCUACCCAGACUACCGCGCCGAUGAGAUCCGUAUCGCAAAGAAGAAGGCCGUCGGGUAUAUCAAGCGUGCUCAGCGCAAGGACGGCAGCUGGUAUGGCUCUUGGGGUAUCUGCUUCACCUACGCUGCCAUGUUUGCCCUGGAAAGUUUGGCUAGCAUCGGUGAGACCUAUGAAACCAGCGACAACUCUCGCCGGGGUUGCGACUUCCUGAUCGAGAAACAAAUGGCCGACGGUGGCUGGGGCGAAUCGUACCUCAGCAGCGAGAAGCAUGUCUACGUUCAGCACGAGAAAUCUCAAGUUGUUCAGACUGCUUGGGCUUGCCUGGCUCUCAUGGAGGCCCAGUACCCCCACAAGGAGCCUCUAGAGAGGGGUAUCAAGCUGUUGAUGGCUCGCCAGCAGCGCAACGGCGAGUGGUUGCAGGAGUCGAUCGAGGGUGUCUUCAACCAAUCCUGCAUGAUCUCGUACCCCAAUUACAAGUUCUAUUGGCCGAUCCGGGCUCUUGGCUUGUACAGCAAGAAGUUUGGCAAUGACGAGCUUCAGUGA